UGAUGGCCGUGAGCUCUGGGUAUCUAAUCGAGUGGACAGGAGGCAAAAACCUGGGCUUCCUCAGCUCUAUGGCUCUCGCCUCCACCAAAGGAAGCAUUUUCAUGAACCUACUCAUCACCUGGUACUUGAACCCGGGCAACCUGGCACCAGAUCUGGACCAGGACCGGACCAAAUAUUUCCAGCAAGAACAGAUUCUGGACAGGGUACCAUCAGUAUUUCUGGUUCUCGCUGCCACUUUCACCACAAUCCAUUUGUGCGGCUUCUUCAUGUUGAGCGACCUUAAAUCCGGACGUGACGUCGCUAACGAUGUGGAGCAGAACCAGAUCGAGUCACUCGACCCUGACGUUGAGCCAAAGCUGUCUUUGUUGGACAAACGACAUUUUAAAAAGGAUAACGGGAUCGUCUAUCAACCCAUUCGUCAGCACGACCUUCAUGAUGAUGACAGUCUGCUGGACAAAGAUGGCGACGGUUAUAAAGAUGCCGAAACUCGGUCCCGUUCAGAAGUCAACUUACAUUUAGGGACUCCCCCUUUCCAGGGUUCUGAUAUAGUGUAUGGCAAAGGACAAGAAGCAGAAGAGGAAUUAUUGCUCAAAGAAUUUGAUGAGCAAGAAGUAGAAAACGGGCAAAACGAACAGCAGCAAAAGUCGACUAGUAGCGCGAAUGCCCCAACGUGGCGUGACGCAGUGAGAACUAAACAUUUCUACGUCUUGUGGUUCGCCAGUGGCUCAGCAAUCAUGGCCAAUGUUAUCGUCAGCACAUUCUUCAAAUCCUUCGGACAGAGCCUGAUCAAAGACGAUCAUUUCCUGAGCAGCAUCGGUACUUUUAUGGCUGCAGGUCUCUUUGUAUCGCGUAUGAUUUGGGGAUUUGUCAUAGAUAAUACUGACUUGAAAAGCUCACUGGUGUCAUACUAUUCGAUUCUGUCUCUGUCCGGAACGUUUUGGAUCUUUACCCCACACAUCGGUAAGUGGGUAUUUCUGAUGUGGACCACUCUUUUGGCAAGUUUUGCGGGAGGAUUUCAUACCGUGAUCUACGUGUCAGUUUAUGCCAGCUUUGGCGGCACAAAUUUCACGACUAUAUACGGCCUCGUUUGUUGCUCGGGGAUAAUUGUAACCCUCUUUCUCCCUGUAGUUUUGUCAGCCAUUUUAGAGCACUUUUCCUGGUCAGGGUUGUUCUUUACCAUGGCGUCAGGAAACAUAAUUUCUUUAGUCCUGAUAGUUGUCUAUUUCCCUCGGAAAUUUUGACCUUAAUUAUAAUAACAAUUUGUCUGUUAAUAUCUGGCUGUGACCCUAGAAAAUUUUUGCCAUAAAACCAAUAUUUUGUCCGUCACUGCCUGACGAUGACCCUGGAAAUUGUGCGCAAUACUAGUAUACUGUAAAACAAUUUACCCCGAUCCCUUCACUCUCACCCCAACCAUAUUUUGUUUGUUCUUUUUUUUUUCGAAUUACUGUCCGUCAGGUGACUAGACAUCAAAGACUUAAGUGUUUUAGUCAUCUGGUGAGAAUCCCCCCCCCCCCAAACAACCAACUGCACAAGUAUACAACGCAUUAGCAUUGAGCUGCAAAGUCAGGGGUGGACCGCAGAAACCUUUUUUAGUUUUAAUAGAGAUUUUACGGAGCUCGCAACUGCAUAAGGCCAUAUGAGCGCCAGAAGAUUAAA